AUGCCCCCCGCCGCCUCAGGUAUGCCCCCCGCCGCCCCCCGGCACCGCUCACCGCCCGCAGAACCCGCUUCUCUCAAGCGUAUGAGGGAAGGCUCCCUCGAGCCCGUUCACGUCGAAGAGACACCUUCUGCCUUGUCUGCAAAGAAGAAUCGCGUGGCAUCCUCAACUUCCGGCUUGGCUGAGGACUCGGCAGAGCAGAUCCAGGAGGAAGACAAUGAAGACAAGGACUCGGACAGGUCGGGCGAUGAGAAGAAUGUCGGAGAGGUCAGGAAGAAAGUGGAGAAGCUGAGUCACGAAGAGAAGAUCAAGGCUUCCGAAGCCCCUAGCCCCGAACACCAGGACUCGGCAGUGCCGAUCGAGGAGGAGGAGGAGGAGAAGGCAGCGGGAGGUGAGGUUGAUGGGUCCAAGGGUGAGGGGUUGAAGCGGAAGGCCCUGGAUCGGAAUGAAACAUCAUUCUCACAGGUUCAAGACGAUGUUUCCUCCAAACGACAAAAGGAUACGCCUUCUCCCAAGGAAGACAAACCGGCGCCGCCCAAGAAACAGCCCACCUUUACUUCCUUUGCCUCUUCCUCUUCCCCGUUCGCUUCCACUACCAAGACUGCUUCCCCUGCACCAGAGCUCGAGGGCGCCACACCUUCUGCUGUUGAGGACAGCGUCGCCGUUGCCCAGAAAAAGCCGGCUACUUUUGGCGAUUUCGCCAACAAAUCGCCAUUUGGCUCAGCCAAACCUACGCCGUCUGCUACUCCCAAAUCCGAGACUUCUCAAUCAACAUCUGAUCCUGCCGUUGAACCUCCCAAGAAGCCUCAAAGCACUUUCUCCUCGUUCUCCGCUUCCUCCUCCCCCUUCGGCUCCAAACCAAAGCAGCCGUCUGCCUUCUCGGCUCCGCUUUCCAAAACCAGCGCCUUUGGUAACUACUCCACUACUGCCUCUGCUUUCGGAGGCGGCAACAAGGCAGACCACGAAAAGGUCUCGGAAGAAGGAAAGAAGAACUUUGGUGAGAUUCUCAAAGACACCAAGGAGGAUCUGGGUUUGACCAAGGAAAAGGUCAACAUGCAAGAGCAAGAUGUCACGACCGGAGAGGAAGAUGAAGAUACCGUGUUCCAAGUCCGGGCCAAGUUGUUUGUCAACGAAAAAGGGUGGAAGGAGCGCGGGAUCGGACUUUUGAGAGUGAAUGUGAGGAGAAAUGACGGCGGUGGCGCGCGACUAGUGAUGCGGGCGGACGGUGUAUUGAGGUUGCUGUUGAAUUCCAAGCUUUACAAAGGCCUGAAUCCUACGGUCGAGGGCAAGACGGUGCUCAUGACUUUGCCGAACGUUGGCGAGAACAAGAUGGCCAUCAUCUGUCUUCGUCUGUCUAACGCCAAGUCGGCAGAAGACCUCGCGGACCACAUCCACGAGCAUAUCCCUCUCGACAACCCCUCUCCAUCCAAAUCACCACGACCCGAAGUCUAG